UAUGUUUCAGUAAAAUGUCUAGGAAAGGGAGAAAAUCUAAUAUAUCCGAAGAAAAAUUGGAUGAUGUACUUCAUUUGAAGAACGGAAUGCGCAAUUGUGCUUUAUGGAUAUAUCGCUCUUUACCUGAUGAAAUAGUAUUUAUUAUAAACAGUAUAGUUUCAGUUAUAACAUGGCUGAUAGACAGGUCAUGGCGUAUUAUGAAACGAGUGUUCUGGAUACAUAUUGCAAUCCUUGACUGGCUUGUAAGUGGUGCUUUUCUGUUCGCCUUGUUUAAAUAUUGGGAGAUAGUUGGAAGAUUUCCAGCAUUUUUACAUAAAUAUGAACAAGCUGAAAGUGUAUUAGCCCGACUAAAAAAAGAGGUCAUUGAAAUAAAAGACGAAGCAAAAUCUUACGCUAAACUAGCUAAACAGGAGAAUAAACGCUUAGAGAAAACUUUAAGUUCAGAACAACGUGAAAGAAAAUAUGCAGAGAAGAGAAAUAAGGAGCUGGAAUCAUAUAUAGAUAAACUUAAUAAUGAAAAAGAUCAAUUAGAAAUGGAGAAGAAAAGAGCUCUUCAGAGGUUAAGUGCCCAAGUGUGUGUUAAGUUGCGUGACAAUAAUCCCAACAUAGCAGAUUUGAAUGACGAAUUUCGACCUACAAAACUGGCAGAGAUGUUUUGUGAACUGUACGAUAACGAAUGGACAAAUGCCUUUGCAUUACUUGAGAGUUGUUUCGGAGAGCAGUUAUCCAUAAAAGUUCUUCUUGAUAUUGUUAUGGAAGCAUAUGCAUUUUGUGAAACAAAAGUUGCCGAGCCAUGGGCUGUACUUGAUGAAUGGUUUCUUGAUAAGAAUAUCAAGGGUGCGCAGAAUACAAUAAAAUGGCUCAAAGACAGCCGUAAAGUCAUAGUUAGAAGAAAAGUCUCAAAUAUUCAGAAGGAAUACGAAUGUGAACUGUUGUCUGCAUGCAAGAAAGAUGAUUUGAAAGAGCUAUUACUAAAGGAGCCAAUGAAGUUGUUCAUAGCUAAAUGCAUCGAGCUUUGCUUGUUGAUGACAACAACUGAUCCACCUAUUGUUAUGGACUGUCCACUUCGGGAACCGUUUCUAAAACUUUCCACAAAGAACUUUACUGAAAUAGAUAAUGAUUGUAAUGGUCGUAAUGUUGGGCCUCAAAUGCAAAAAGUUCAUAAAAAAUCUCUCAUCAAUGAUGAAAAUGCCUCAAGCAUAGACAGACAAAAGUGUAUAUUCGAUAAGGAUUCAUUUAAAGAGUAUACUUGUAGAGGCAAAUAUCUGGAUUUCGUCGUUUGGCCUGCAUUACUUUUAUAUAAAGGCGGUCCCAUGCUUAACAAAGGAGUUGCACAAGGAAGAAAGACUCAUUAA